AAUCAUCGGUUACCCGUAACCGUCUCAGCUCUACUGUUAUGGUUAUUGUCUUUUAGUACGACCCUCGUUAAUUAAAUAGUUGAGGAUGGACCAAACUUUUGAAAUGGAGUGUUCUAAUUUUUGCUUUCCUUUGUUUACUCCGGUGCAUCCUAUCGUUAAAGCAGCUAUUCAUCGCAAGUCUUGAUUUUGUAUUAUAAUUUCAUAGAAAUGAAUAACGAACAACUUGAUUUGGCAAAUGGAACCUUCGUUUAUCUUGAUGUUGCCAUCUCUGAUGAAAAGGUUGGAAGGAUUGUGAUUGAGCUAUUUGACAAGAUACUGCCACGGACUUGCGAAAAUUUUCGAGCAUUGUGUACAGGUGAACGUGGAACCUCAAAAAGUGGUUAUAAUUUGUGUUACAAAGGAGUAGAGUUUCAUAGAGUUGUCAAAAAUUUCAUGGUCCAAGGUGGAGACUUUGAGAAUAAUGAUGGAACUGGCGGUGAAAGUAUUUAUGGACCUAAAUUCGAUGAUGAAGGAUUCACAAUCGCGCAUGACAAGCCUGGAAUUGUCAGCAUGGCGAAUAGUGGACCUAACACAAAUGGAUCUCAAUUUUUUAUCACCACUGUACCUGCAGAUCAUUUAGAUAAUAAACAUGUUGCUUUUGGCCAAGUUCGCAAAGGAAUAAAAAUCGUACACAUGAUUGAAGAUCUUCAUACUAAUCCAGAUACAGAAAAACCUAUUGAGCGUGUCUUGAUCAUUGAUUGUGGUCAAUUGAAACCUGGUCAAGAUUUAGGAUUGGGGCCAGAUGAUGGAACUGAAGAUGUUUAUCCUCCGUUUCCAGAGGACUCGGAUUUAGAUCCCAACAAUAUUGAUUCAUUCAUCCGAGCUGCGGAAAAAAUGAAAGCUGCAGGAAACAAGUUUUAUAUGAAAGAGGCUUUCACCACGGCUUGUUCAAAAUACGCAAAAGCUUUAAGAUACUUGAAUAAAUUACACGACGAAGACAAGAUGAAUAAAGAAGAUGAAAAAAGAGUUACAGAACUCCAAUUUCAAUGUCUCCUCAACAGCACUGCUUGUAAAAUCAAACUGAAGCGCUAUAACGAAGCCUUGAUUGAUUGUGAUGAAGCUCUUGAUUUGGAACCAGAAAAUAUUAAGGCACUUUUCAGAAAAGGACAAGCAUUACAUGGUAUUCGUGAUUAUGAAGCUGCCCUCAAAUCGUUGAAGCGAGCUCAAAAAUUAUCUCCAAAUGAAAAGGCAAUCCAAGCAGAGUUAGCAGCCGUUCUUGGUGAAAUGGAAUCUUACCGAGCAAGGGAGAGGCAAGCUUAUGCAAAACUUUUUGCAUAAUUCAAUCGAACAACUUUCACAAUAACUUAUUUCAUGUCAUAAAAUCUUUUCAUUUUUUGUUCAUUGUUUUGUCGUUUCUCCUGCAAUUAUUUAUUAUACAAGUUAAACAUUUAUUUUGAACCGAUCAUUUUUUGAAUAAAUUAAUGCCAGAAGUUUCGAAAA